CGUAAAUGCGGUUGGAUAAGAUCGUACUUCCGGGGAGUUUAGUUCGUUCGCACUCGCAGACAGAGACCAAACGGCCGUGCUUUUGUCCUCUUCAGUCGUUUACAACUUGUUUAUUCGAGUUCGGAUCGAUCGCCGCCAUGGCUAAGGACCCGAAUAAGCCGCGAGGAAGGACCUCCUCAUACGCGUUCUUUGUUGCGACGUGCCGCGAGGAGCACAAAAAAAAACACCCGGGAACGAGCGUCGGCUUCGCGGAGUUUUCCAAGAAAUGCUCCGAGCGAUGGAAGACCAUAUCGGCCAAGGAGAAGGUGAAGUUCGAGGAUAUGGCGAAGAACGACAAGGUCCGGUACGACGGCGAGAUGGAGUCGUACAUCCCGCCCCACGGGGCCCCGGGAAAAGGCAAGAAGAAGAAGGACCCCAACGCACCCAAAAGGCCACCGUCCGCUUUCUUUGUGUUCUGCUCCGACCACCGGCCCAGGAUCAAGGAGGAGAAUCCGGGCAUCUCCAUCGGCGGCAUGGCGAAGAAGCUCGGCGAGUUCUGGUCCACGCAGACCACCCAGAGCAAGGUUCCGUACGAGGCCCGCGCCGGCACGCUGAAGGAGAAAUACGAGAAGGAUGUGGCGGCGUACAAAGCGCGGUGCGGCGGCGUGGGGAAGGGGGGCGACGGCGGCAAGAAGAGCGGCUCCGGCGGCAGGCCCGCCGCCAAGAAAGCGGAGCCCGUCGACGACGACGAGGAGGACGACGACGAGGAGGACGACGAUGAAGACGACGACGACGACUAAAGUGUUUUAUUGUGUUAAAAAAAAAAUGGAUGUGAAUUUUUUGCAACGCAUAGUUCAAAUCCAAAUGUCGUGUGGAUGAUUCAAACAAGUAUAGCCUGAUGUCCCCGGCGGCCCGCCUCUGUAGGGUGCCCCAAACCUGUAUUCAUUUUCACGUCUUUAGGGAUUUAGUUUUUAUUUUGUAACUUAGUCCCCCUACAUAUUUGUUUUUUAUUUUUUAAAACGUUUUUUUUCCCUCUGCUGUACUCUUGUUGCAUCUUAAGACCGUCAUUGCUAUCUUUGUUUUAAACAGGCAUCCAGAUAUGAAUUUCCUGUGAAAAUAAUAAUACAAUGGACUAAAACUUGUGUACUAGUUGGCAGCAAAAGUAAAAAAGCAACAAAAAAAAGAAAAGUGUAUUUGUUUCUGGAAGCACUGCUUAUGUUUUCUGUUCUAGUGGUGCGGAUUCUUCACUGUCAUUUUACUACCCAGUCAUCUGUACGAGUUUAAAUGUUUGAAGCCAUUUUUAAAAGUGGAACUUUGAAAACUUUCAUGUAGAUCAAUUUUUCUUUUUUGUAAUAAAAUUUUGUAUAAAAAUA